GCUGUGAUGGCUGUUCUGGGCUUCGGGGUCUUUCACAUUUGCAUGUGCAUGUUUGCUCAGGUCCCACCAGCUCCUGUCGAGUUCCGCUGUUGAGCAGUGAUGGGACCCGCCGGAAUGUGCUGAGACUCUCUCCAGAGUCUAAUCUCACACUAAACCCUCUCUCCUUUUCUCUAGUAUCUUCUUCUAGUAUCUUCUGGCCUAUUCCACUCUAUACUAACAUGACACCCACAACUAUGGUGUUCAGUACUGUCUGGCUAAUUAUUCAUUUAUUUAUUUAUUGUUUGUUUGGUUUUCUGUUCUCUUGUGUAUGUGUUUGCUUGUUUGUCUUAUUGAUGGGUAAUUAUUAGUUGGGAAUAACACAACACCUGAUAUUCUUCAGAUGUAAUAGCACCGCUUGCUAGUCCCUGUCCCUGUCCGUCCCUUCUCGUCCUGUCCACCCUUUGUUUCCCCUCACAUCACCACUGAGGUGUAGCACUGCCCUCCCUGGCUCUUAACAGGGAAAUGUAAUAAAGAGUGUCAGCUUAGCUUUCAGGGAGGGCUGGUGAUGGUCACACGCAUGCACUAAAUAAUAAGAUAUUUGGCUGCAAGAAUAAAAUAUGCAUUAAUCUCAUAAAGUGUUGACACCCCUUCCAUGGAGUUAAACAAUGAAAAUAAAUGCAGACAAAUAAUAAUAAUAAAAAAAAUAAAUAGUUUUGCAAAAAAUACCUAACAACUAUUCUGAUGCUUAAAUUAAUUUGAAUGUUUUUAAAAAAAAAAAACAUGUCAAACAUGUUAGUUUUAGGUUCACAAUUACAGAGACAGACCAAUUGAUCAAUUAGAAAGAAAAUAAAUUAAUCAGCAGUGAAAAUAGUCAUUGCUGCUCUUCUGAAUUUGAAGUUUCAGACAAGUGAUCAGUGUGUGAACCAGUGUCCACUUCAGAAAUAUGUUAUUAGUUGUGUAUGAUAAGAUUACUAUGGAAACUAUUCCAAAUCUGAUGUUACGUAAAACACAAUGCAUAUAUGAUUACAACUUUAUCAGGUGUCUUAUAUGCUUAGACUGAUCACUUGUCCUGAUACAAAGCACUUGAAAGAGGCAAGUUUACAUAACCUUCUGUGCUCUGAUCUAGAUUUAUUAGGCAAUAAAGAAGGGAUAUUGACGGUCAUUUUCUGACAGUUCAUUGCAGUCUGAAGUAGCCGAGUGCACCAGAGCAAUGAUAAUCUUCUGAAGGCUCUGCUUUACGUCAUUGGCAUGCAGCCUUUGUCCCUGUUUUGUCAAGCCUAUAAGAAGGACUCUCCAGUGGAUCAGUAGCCCAGCCUGCUGCUUACCUGGGAACAGGUAGCCAUCCACACAGAGAUAUUAGCUGCAUUUUUACAGGGAUACAAGUCUGACUGUGUGCAGCAUCCAUAUGUGCUGUACUAGAGCAUGUAGAAUCAAUUACAUUUUUCCAAAAUCUAGAAUGUAAACUUAUAAUAACUCAUAAAAGAAUAACUUUUUCUGUUGCAGGUCACUUUGAAGAAAAGUCUCAAACAUGGCUCGACUAAUAAUCUUGGCAGGAUUGUCCCUUUUGAUGUGCCUUCAAAUUGUGUCUUCUACCAAACUAGCGUGCUACUUCACCAACUGGUCCCAGUAUAGACCUGGUGCUGGCAAAUUUCUGCCUGCCAACGUGGACCCCAACCUGUGCACACACUUGAUCUACGCCUUCUCAGUAGUCAGCCCCUCCAAUGAGCUGUCAACGUAUGAGUGGAAUGACGAGGUUCUUUAUAAAGCCUUCAAUGAACUCAAGCAUGUAAACCCUGGGCUGAAGACUCUGCUGGCUGUUGGUGGAUGGAACUUUGGAACUACACAGUUCACCAUCAUGGCUUCAUCUCCUGCCAACCGUCAGAGGUUCAUCCAGUCUGCUAUCGAGUUCUUGAGACUGUACGGCUUCGAUGGGCUGGAUCUGGACUGGGAGUAUCCUGGAGCACGAGGAAGCCCACCAGAGGACAAGAGUAGGUUCACAGUGCUCUGCCAGGAACUGCUUGACGCCUUUGAAAAGGAAGCUGCUGCGACCAGAAGACCGCGGCUGCUGCUCGCAGCUGCAGUUGCUGCUGGGAAGGGAAACAUUGACAACGGUUAUGAGGUCGCUGCUGUGACAAAGUUGCUAGACUUUGCAAAUGUCAUGACCUAUGACUUACAUGGAUCUUGGGAUCCAUUCACCGGCCACAACAGCCCUUUGUACGGCAGCUCUGCUGAUGUGGGUGAGCACGUCUACUACAAUGUGGACUUUGCUAUGAAAUACUGGAGAGAUCAAGGAGCUCCUCUUGAAAAACUCCUAGUUGGUUUUCCCACAUAUGGACGCACAUUUCGCACAACAACAGGAGCUAAUGGUGUUGGAGCUCCAGCCAAUGGACCAGCCUCUGCUGGGCCAUACACCCGUGAAUCUGGCUUUUGGUCCUACUACGAGAUUUGCAAUUUUCUCCAAGGAGGCAGCGUACACUGGAUUGAUGAGCAAAAAGUUCCCUAUGCCAUUAAAGGCAAUGAGUGGGUCGGUUUUGAUAACAAGCAGAGCUAUGAAAUCAAGGCAAAGUAUCUGAAAGAAAACAAAUUUGGAGGAGCGGUCGUCUGGUGUCUGGAUCUGGAUGAUUUUGCCGGACAGUUCUGUGGACAAGGAAGAUAUCCCCUCAUUAGCUAUUUGCGCUCUCUUCUGAAUUCAGAUUUUCCAUUACCUACAACUACACUCCCAGUAUUCAACGAAACGACAUCACAUCCCAUCACAGAGGACUACACGACGGUAGGUCCUAUUGUUACUUCCAGUGCUUCUACCAACCAUACUGCCGGUACUGCCACAACUCCAACCACCAGAACUACCACAACUGCUGUUUCUGGAAGUGGUUUCUGCGCCGGAAAGCCCAACGGUCUCUAUGCAAAUGACAAGGACCCCAGGAGUUAUUACCAUUGCUCCAACGGUAUCACAUACAUCAAGACAUGUUCAAAUUCCCUUGUUUUUGAUGACAAAUGCAAAUGCUGUAACUGGGCUUAAAUAAAUGCCUUCUUUAUGAAACAA